AUGAGUACUCUAUUGAGCUCUGCCUUAUUGCUCCUCCUUGCAGCCCGACCGGCGUUUGCUGGAUCGUUGAAGGAUAUCGAGCAUGUGGUGAUUUUCAUGCAGGAAAACCGAUCAUGGAACAACUAUUUUGGAACUAUGGCCGGUGUUCGCGGCUUCAACGACCCGAACGUGCAAGUGAACGCCGAUGGCCUGGAUGUUUAUCACCAGCUUGUUGAUUCCUCAAUGUCUACGAAGACAAAAACCCUUCUACCUUGGUACCUGGGUUACCAAGGUGGAUCCACAGUCGAUGCCAUGCAGUGCAUGACUGCUGGAUCUAACGGCUAUGAGGACAACCAGGCCGCUAUCAAUAGUGAUCUGAACAACAUGUGGGCGCGUAACAACACUCCCUGGAGCUGGGGGUAUCUGAAGAGAAGUGAUAUCCCAGUUCAUUUUGGCAUUGCUGAGGGCUGGACUGCCGGAGAUAUGUAUCAGGAAUCUCAAGUCACCUCGACCAACCCCAACCGUGUCACUUUGGUCAGUGGCUCCAUCAAUGUCCCAGGAGGGCCUCAGAGCCCUGACCAAGGCGGCCCUUACUUGGACAACAAUGAAACUCCUGGCUGUGAGGACAAUGAAAUUAACUGCUACCCUCUGAAAUGGAAAACUAUCUACGAUAUCUAUGAAGCCGCCGGUGUCUCGUGGCAGGUAUGGCAAGACUCGGACAACUUCGACGAUAAUCCUCUAGCCUGGUUUGAACAGUUCCAGAACGCCUCCUCCGACUCCCCUCUUGCCAAGAAGGGUCUUUCUUACGUUGGCCUGAAGAGCUUUUAUGAGUCUGCUGCUAACGGAACUCUCCCGGAAGUCAGCUUCAUCGUCGGCCCUGCCGAGCUCUCCGAGCACCCCCCUUACAUGCCCAAGGAUGGUGCGUGGCUUCAGAAGCAAGUCGUUGAUGCCGUGACCAGCAGCCCUAAGUACAAUUCCACUUUGUUGAUGAUAAGUUACGACGAGUCUGGCGGUUGGGGAGAUCACGUCGUCCCCUUCCACUCGCCUAAAGGCACUGCUGGUGAAUGGAUGGAAGAUCCCUAUGGCCUUUUCGGUGAUAUAUACUCUGGUCCUGGUGUCCGGGUUCCUUUCUACAUAGUCUCUCCUUGGACUCGUGGCGGUCGCGUUUUCACUGAGCGUGCGGAUCACAAUUCUCAGAUUCUGUUCCUGGAGCAGUGGCUGGAGGCCCGCGGAUACAAGAACGUUCAAACACCCGAGAUGGCUAACUGGCGCCGUGAACACAUGUCCAACCUCGUCAAUGCUCUCGAUCUAGAUAAUCCGGAUCUAAGCUUGCCCACUAUCCCGGAGGCCGAGACUCCUGAUAUGGCUCUGGGCAAGUACACUGGCACAUCAAACUGCGAGGCCAAGUACCCCACCCAGCGUCCUACCGUGCCUUAUGGAAACCAGAGCAACAAGACCAACACUUUGUUCUUUGAGGAGGGAUACAAGGAGGUCAUCGGUUAUUUGACUGAGGGUCGAUAUUUGACCUUUGAGAGCUCCGCAGAGGCUCUCACCAACUCUGGAAACACUAGCAAAGUGAGCAGUACCCCCGCUAAAGCGGAUCACAGCAGCAAGAACCAGCGCUGGGUGAUUCACUAUACUGCCGAUGAGGAGAGCCAAAUCUUUCAUAUUUCAAGUGCUUUGGACGGUAAGUUCAUUGGUGCUAAGGGAUCACUGGUGACCAGCCAAAGCAAGGCCGCAAACAUCAAGAUUACUUUUCUUGGAAAGAGUAAAGGUUAUUCCAUCGAGUACGAGAAUGGACAUGCUAUUGGAAACCUUCAGAGCGGUUGCAGGAUCUGGAGUGUUUCUUACAAUUAA